AUGUCUUCUGAUGAAUUUGUUACAACCUACUAUCAGACUGAUCCUAAAAACCCUGCAUUGGAACGAUUUGAUGAGAUUGAACUGACUGAUUUUCUCUCCAAUCAUUGUGACAUUUAUCUGGAACAACUCAAGCCAAUUCCAUCAUCUGUUUCAGUGGGAAACUCCAAGAAGAAUAAUCCAAGAGCAGAGUUUGAAGCCAAUGAUACCAAUUGGUUGUCUGAAUAUUUCGAAGAUAUCUCAUUUGCAAGUUUUGAUUCACUUCCUACCAAAUACACAAAUUGUGUUCUCACUGUAAAUAACCCAAUUUUAAAGAGAAUGGUUUGUUAUGGAGAUGAUGAAGCCGUGUAUUGUUUUGAAUUACAACUCUAA